ACAUAGGUUAAAAUGUUUAUUUAUAUUUAGGUUUAUACAUUUUUUUACAAUGUUUACUUUUCUAUAAAAUAACAAUUAUUAAAGAUGAAUUUAUUAAAACACAAAGACGAUAAACGACGCUAUUCGAAAAAAGAUAAACAAUUAAUGAAACUUAUUUCAUCAAAUGCUGAAUCCGAAGAUGAAAAUAGCGAACACGAAUUAUCUUAUUAUUUAAAUGAUAGAGUAAAAAUGAUGAAAGAAAUAUUAAAAAUAAUAAAACCAAGAAAGAUAAAAAGUAUGGCACCUGAUUGUAUGAAAAGUAUGGAUAUAGAAGAGAUUAAUUCAAUGUUAUUAGAGGAAUUAUUAGGUAUAUCAAAUAAAAGACUUAAGUAUAUUUUUAAUGGUCAAAAUUUGAAUGAAGAAAGCAGUUCUACUGAUCCUGAAGAUCAGUCUGUUGAUAUUAUAUCUUUAGAUGACAUUAGCGACGACGAUCUGAUCAUAGAUUUAGAUUCUGAGGGUGAUUCACAAAAGAAAACAAAGAAACACAAAACAACAGUUAAAGAAGAACCUAAAAGGAAGAAAAUAAAAAAAGAGAAACGAGAUAAAAAGAAAGAAGUUGAAAUGAAUCCUAUGAGUGAAAAGAAUCUAAUGAGUGUUCUAGAAUUGCUAGAGCUACAAGCGAGAGCUAGAGCUAUCAGAUCUCAGUUAGUAUUAGAAAGUCAGAAAGCUCCUGAUGCUGAAAAACCUGAAGGAAACCAAGAAGAUGAUGAUGAUGAAGAUGCGGUUAUAGUUGAGAGUCCGAAAAAUAUUGAAAUUGUUAUUACUUCUAGUGAAUCGGAGAAUGAAGGAAACUCGGUACAAAUUGAGAAAAAUAAUGAAAAUAGAAAUAUUAGUGACAAGAAUGGGUUAGAUAAAGAUUCUAAUUUAGAUGUAAACAAACAGGUAGAGAUAACCAAUGAUGAUAAUUUGAUAAUACAGGAAAAUAUCAAAGAAAAAUACGUAGAAACAAAAGAAAACGGAGUAAUAAUAGUAGAUAAAUCUAGGAAAUCGGUAUCUUCAAAUGUAUGCCAAGGAGAAAUGGAAAAAGAUAAAACAAGCGACGAUCGAGAUGAGAAUAACGAAUUAACUUUAUCUUCUUCAGAAGAAAACUCCAGUGGGUUGAACGGUACGAGAAAACGUAAAAAAGUUUGUUCGAAACACGCUUGUAGGAGAAGAAAGUUGAAUGAAGAUAAAAAAACGACAGAAGAAGAUAAAAGUGGUUCAAAUAAUGAAGACAGUAUUGUUUUGAAUGUCGAUCGAGAUGACGCGGAUUCUAUAUAUUUGGAUUAAAAAAGGAAAUUAUGGUGAAUUCAUUCAAGGAGAACAAUUACUUCUUUAGUAUAUGCCACAAAGAAUAUUGAAUUACAUUUAGGAGAAUGUGAAUAGUGAUGGACAGUCCUAUUUGAGUUUGCAUAAACUACCUAUCCAAGUUUCGACCUACUUAGAAUCAUCAGUAUUGUAUAUAUGCAAAUAAGAUUAAAUUAUUGAAUUAAACUUUGUA